AUGUUAAAAAAGAUUCUGAGCGUCGCCAAGCACCUCCAUGAGGGCAAAAGCCUCAAAUACCUCGCCGCAGGGGAGCCCUAUUGUCCCUUCGGGGAGGACUUCGGCCUCACGAUUAUCCCCAACUACAUCCAGGAGGAUGAGAUCCUGAAGCUGCGCAAAGGCUACGUGGAUAUCUACACGCGCAAGUCGAACUCCAUCACCGUCAGCGACGGUCGUCUGCAGCUCCCACCGCUCCCGCCAAGUUCUUUUAUUAAAAUUGUCGAGCGAAUGGAGCAGGAUCAGAUCGUUCCUGUUGGGUGGUUAAACAAUCAAACCGCCAAUCUCUUCGACCCCGGCGAUUUCAUCCGCGCGCAUAUCGACAACCUCUUCGUCUACGACGACAUCUUCGUGUUGCUUUCGCUCGGCGCCAACGCGCUUCUUCGCCUUGUUCACGUGCAGAAUGGGGAGGAGCUGGAUGUGAUGAUUCCGGAUCGCUCGAUUUACGUCCUCUCCGGCCCCGCGCGGUAUGUUUAUUUCCACAUGAUCCUCCCAGUCGAAGCGCAGCGACUUUCGUUGGUCCUUAGACGUUCGAUUUUCAACUCCGACGGGGGGUUUCGUGCGGUUACGACGCCGCUUGCCGGGUUGAUGCCGUAUCGCGCCACUCAAAUUCUUAAUACCCUCUACAGUCGUCAGGUAGGAGGGGUUCGGCUGAGCGUGGACGACGCGUUUCUCGAAAGCGAAGGGAUCGGCGCGUUCGAAACCUCCAAAUGGGUGAAACGCCUCCACCCUUUGCGGGAUUGGUCGUUGCUUCGCCAGCUCGACGAGGACGCCGCGCGGGUGCAGGAGCUUCGCGAGAAACGGUUUCUCGACCUCGACCUCGACUGGCGGUUUGCGGAGCUGCGGGAGACCUACACCGCGAUGGAGCGCGCCCUAAAACACCCUCUCUGA